AUGUUUGGCCGGGGCCCCUCCUCCGCAGUGUCUACAGCAUCUGACUCGGUUCUCUCUCCCCUGUUCCCUCUCUUAGGAAACAAAGCAGGCAGUGCCGCGAACCAGCCGUGCAGCACUUCUCCAUACACAGACAGAACACCCCAGACAACUGCUGCAGCAGCCAUCAGCCGCCGGGCAGCUGUGGGCCCCUGGGGCUUGGCUUCGCUUCCCAUUGGGGGCAGCAGGAGCUUCAGAAGGGGCCCUGCACGGACUCUGCGGCGCGCUGUACUCGCCGCAGUAAAGGGGGUCUUCGGUUCUGCACAGCUGCCUGAGCCAGGCUCCCCCCUCACAGGCAAAUCCUUGCACACGGGUGACAGCAGCAGCAGCAGCAGCAGCAGCAGCAGCAGCAGCAGCAACAGCCGACAGCAGCCGCCUUGCCCCCCCUUGAAAGCUUCAGCUUCUCCUCUUGAUCCCCUCACAGACCACCACAACUCCUCAGAGGGUGGCUGCAGUGCGAGCCGCUCUGCCUUAUCUGUGCAGCAAGAACAGAGGGAGAGCGAGGCAGCAGCAGCAGCAGCAGGAGAGGCAGCAGCAGCAGCAGCAGCAGCAGACACCGAAGCAGAGACUAAAUAUGCGGGAAUCACAGCGCGGCUGCGGCAAGCUUUGCGGGGAUGUGUACAGAGGAUGGGGUGGAGAGGACUCAGCCGCCUGGCAGGCAGCGAGGGCCCCCCCUCCCCUGCUCCUCCCGCUGUACCCCCCGAGGGGCCCCUAGGGUUCGUUGGGGCCCCUGCAGCUGCUGCUGCUGCUGCUGCUGCAGCUGCUGCUGCAGCACAGGAUGCCUCCCCCUCAUCUAUGGAGGGGGGAUCUGUCCAUACACCUGAGAAGGUAGAAACAGAAAACCCGCAGCAGCCAAUUACGCACACCGGGGCCCCCCCUCCCCCUGCAGCAGCAGCAGCUGCAGCAACUGCAGCAGCUGCAGCAACUGCAGCAGCUGCAGCAACUGCAGCAGCUGCAGCAGCUGCUGCUGAGGCAGGGGAAGGGGACUGUAAAGGGGAGAGCAGUGCCAGCCAGCAGCAGCUGAGGCCUCCUCUUGAGGAGAAGAUGCAGCAGCAGACACAGCAGCAGACGCAGCUGCCAGAGGUGUUGCAGGCGCCGCAGCAAACGGAACACCACUCACCGCAGCAGCAGCAACAGCAGCAGCAGCAGCAACAGCAGCAGCAAAAGGAGCAGGAGGGGGACCAUAACAAAGCAGAGGACUCUGAAGCCGCCGCGCUAGGCGUCGCUGCCAGUGCUGACACAGCUGCUGCUCCUCUGCCCCCGGCAGCAGCAGCAGCAGCACCAGCAGCACCAGCAGCAGCAGCAGCAGCAGCGGCAGAUGAAGGAGAGGAAGCACCGCUAGAUGCAGCCAGCAGUAUAUCGUCUGCGUCUGCAGCUGAGGGAGAAGGGGGCCCCUUGGGGCCCCCAAAAGAAGAGAAGCCUGAAGAGGAGAGAGCAGAAGCAACAGACAAAGAAAAAACAAAAGAAGAGCGGGGGGCCCCUGGGGGCCCCCCACCCGUCGAGCCAGCUGCAGCAGCAGCCCCAGUACACCAGCCAGCCGCUCGCAGCAGCAGUGAAGACGCGCCCCUGCAGCAGCAGCAACAACAACAACAACAACAACAACAGCAGCAGCAGCAGCACGAGCAGCAGCAGCAGCAGCAGCAGCAGCAGUAUGCUGUGCAUCAAGCGGAAGGCCCAGGCUUGCAGACUGUAGAGGACGCUGCACAGCAGCAGCUGCAGCAGCAGCAGCUGCAGCAGCUGCUGCACUUCUUAAAGGGUACACUGCAGCAGCAAACGGUAGCAGCAAACACUUUAUCUGCUUUCCUUGCAGCAGAGAGAACCCGCAGGAUAGCGCAGCCAGCAGCCUACGUGCUUUUGUCAGGGGGCCCCCCUGGGGCCCCUAUUACCCGCACAACACCAGCAGCAGCAGCAGCAGCAGCAGCAGGAGGAGGAGGAGGAAGCAGCAGCAGCAGCAGCAGCAGCAGCAGCAGCAGUGGAAACUCUGCUGCUGAAUACCUGCUCAGGGGGGGCCUCCUCGACGCCCUCAGCCGCAUACUCAGCAGCUCUCCCCCGAGGCCCUUCUGGCCCCGUUGGUUGCAGCGGGGGGCCCCCCUUGCUGCUGCGCGUGAGAGGCGUUUGCUGCUGCAGCUGGCUGCAUGCGGGCCCCAUGUAGAGCAGCAAAUUGCGCAGCACCAGGGGCUGAUGAGCAGCAGCAGCUGCAGCUGA